UGCGUACUUUGAGCGCGACGUGUGUUCUACGGGUCGUGAGUGAGGUCGGACAGUCUCACGCCGGGUUCGAGAGGAUGGCUGCAUUUACGUUGCUAAGGGAAGUCAACGUUUUAACCAGGCUUGGUGCUCGUAUUGGGUACGUCUGCAGAAUUCAGACCCGGGACUACGCAAAAAAGCCAGCAACAAAAUCAAAAGGGAAAGGUGGUGCAAAAGACUCUAUGAAGGGACCUGAGGUGUGCAAGGACCCCGUCAAGCUAACCUCUCACGCUGUGGGUGUCAACAUCUUGAAGGACGGACAGGACCCAGUGCUGAAGGCUUCAGAGGAGUACCCACAGUGGCUUUUCCAGUUGGAUUUGGGCCCCCCAAAAAAACUGUCAGAACUGGACCCCCAAAGUAUACAAUACUGGAGGCAUGUUAGGAAACAAAACCUCUGGCGGGCUAACAAACUUAGUAAAGGCAAACGUCUAUAGUGGACACUGGAGCGAGGACAGCCUUACGGCACACUGCGGCAAAAAUGUAACUCCAGGAUGUGGAGAAGAGCAGCGGAGUGACGACUGGUGUGGAGUGCUGCCUGGAGUCCUUGGAUCUCCCCAUUAUGAUAGUAAAGGUGUCUGGUACUCCUUCUGUAGAUGGACCAACUGGCUAAAGUAAAUGACAAACCAUUGUCCCCUUGCUUGAAUCAUCGAGGAGGUGAACUCCCUCUUUGUGUGCGCUGACGAAGUCUGCCUUGUGUUAAUAUAGCAAUUAAAUUAGUUUGAAAUGC